AUGCUAGGCUCUUAUGAUUCGCUGGUGGCAGGAGCUCAGUUGCAGAUCGCCGCAGAAAAUCAGGAGAUCCCCGCAAACACUCCGGAUGAGGCCGUGGCAGCAGAGCAGGCAGCGGCAACAGGAACUCAGGAGCAGAUCCCAACAGGAACUCAGGAGCAGAUCCCAACAGGAACUCAGGAGAUCCCCACAGGAACGCCGGAUGAGGCCGUUGCAACCCAGAGGGACAUGGCAGCAGGAACUCAGCAGCAGAUCCCGACAGCAACUCAGGAGAUCCCCACAGACACUCCGGAUGAGGCCGUGCUAGCAGCCCAACAGGACAUGGCAGCAGGAACUCAGCAGGUGAUCCCGACAGGAACUCAGGUGCAUAGCAUAGACACACAGUCGACUGUGCCUGGACUCGAGGACUCACAGCUCCCUCCUAGCAUGGAGUGGUCUAGUGAUGCCCAUGGUACCGUACGCGACAUGCUGUUCCAGUGCGCCGAUAUCCCUGCCUCGAAUCUCGAGCUGCUGGGCCAGAACCUGACCAGCUGUGUUGCAGUGAUCCGGGACCAUGUCUGCUUGAGUGCCGGUCUGGAUGUUGGGGCCGUCACGACUCGGCUUGGCUUGGAGGACCUUUCCGAAGAUGACGCUUGUCGCUGGGGGGCUAUGCUUCGUGACUUCGAAGCUCAGUAUCAAGCAGCUUGUGUUCUGGAACGUGAAGUUUGUGCUGCCCAGGAGCAAGCCCUGACAGGGUUUGUGGUGAAAGAACAGCAGGCUGACGAGCUUAAGAAAAUGCUUAGUGAUCACUUGCAAAAGAAGAAGCUGUCCCAAGCAACCUUCGACAGCAAAGUGAAGGCCAUCGAAGCAAACCUUAAGCUGUUCUACGAGGAGAGCCAGGUGGAAACGAAUGCUAAGGUGACGGAUGCAGUGCUGCAUCAAAACCGGUGCGCCGAUGCCCUCCUGAUGAUGUGGGACAAGUUGCCUGUGUCUGCCAAAGCAAGGCUUCCGGUCAGCUUGACUGCCAAUGAUGCUUUCGAAGACAAUGGCGACGACGAGGACUUGCAAGAUCUCGACAGACUGAUGAACUCGUUCAUGGAUAACAAGCCGAAUUGUGGAUCCUCUGUCAAGGCCGAGCCCGGGGUGAUCCAGCCUCCACCCGAGGAUGUGGUGAUCAACCUUUCUGAUGAUGAGGAGCAGGAUGUGCCUCAGAAGGCAACCGGUGCAAAGGCGAUCGAAGCCGACGUCCCUUCCGGGCCCAAGUCAAAAGCCCCGACAUCAGCAAAGAGAACAGCCAUGGCCAACAAGUCUACGAUCGAUACCAUGGAGGAAGCUAGUGCCUAA